CGAAAAAGUUUUAAAAUUUGUAACAAAGUCUAUUCACCCCCCCCUCUAGACUUUGUAUCUCACCACUUCGGGACCACCAAAAGGCGACCAGAGGAAUGCCCGGGAGUGCUAUGCCCGGGCAGUCAAGAAGAUGACCAAGGGGGUCAAUGUCAUCUCCCAAGAGAUCAAAAAGGGAGAGACCCGGGAGAAAUUGGAGCCCGAGGCCGAGAUGGUGGAAAUCGAACUUCACCCGGGUGAUUCUUCGAGGAUGGUCAGAAUUGGAGCAAAUCUCCCCGAGGAUCUCAAGGCAGAGAUUACAUGGGUCCUCCAAGAAUACGCAGGCAUAUUUGCAUGGAGCGUGGCGGAUAUGCCCGGAAUAGAUCACUCUGUUAUCUGCCACCGGUUGGCCGUGAGGGAAGGAAGUCGACCGGUACGUCAGAAGAAGCGGUACCUGGCCAGUGACCGGCGAGACUUCGUCAAGAAGGAAGUGAAGGAUCUCCUCAGUGUUGGUCACAUCCGGGAAGUCAAAUACCCGGAUUGGUUGGCCAACGUUGUCCUUGCUCCCAAGGGCGACACGUGGAGAAUGUGUGUGGAUUAUACGGACUUGAACAAGGCUUGUCCGAUGGAUUCAUACCCCCUUCCUAGUCCAGAUCAAAUUGUAACGCCCCGAAAUCUGGCCCAAAAGAAUUAAUUAAAUUGUUAGAGCAAUUGAUUACGAAUUGGGCCCAAAAAGGGGUUAAAAUUAUAAUUUGGAUUCUAAGCCCAACUUUUAUGUCAUCUCGUAGGAAAUAUUUUUGUGAUCGCGUCGGUUCAGACGGCUCGCGAAUCGGAGUUAUGGAGCUCAUGUUAUGACCAU